AUGCGUUUCUCCACGAUCCUCGCCUCGACCUUCGCCGUCUUCGCCGCCGCCGCCCCGACAUCCACCAACGAGCCCCGCGCCAACGUCGACCUCGGCCGCCUGAACAACCUCCAGGGCUUCAAGAACCUCGACCUCAACUACGUCCUCGCCCUCAACGGACUCAACCUGCAGGGCCUGGCGCAGCUGGGCCAGGUCAACAACCUCAACCUCCAGGCGUUCCAGGGCCUCUUCGCCGCCCAGAACUUCGACCUCAACGCCCUGCUCCAGCUCCAGCAGCUGCAGACCGUCCUGGCCAUCCAGCAGCAGGGCGUCUUCAACAAUGUCAACCUGGCCAACCUCAACCUGGGCGGUCUCAACCUCGGUCUCAUCCAGGGUGUCGGCCAGCUCAACCUGGGCCAGUUCAUCGACCAGGCCGUGAUCCCCCAGAUCACUCAGAUCGUUCAGCAGUCUUCUGGUAUGUAG